AUUACACAACCUAUUCUCGCUAUACGGUGCCGUCAUCAAGCAAAUCUACCGGUGACAGGUUUUGCAGUGUAAAAAUUAGUGUCUUUAUCAAAGAAAUGUGAUUAGGUUGUGACCUGCAUUGACCAAGCAACAGCCAAUCAGUGCCGCCAUCUUUGACCGCACAGCUGUGAGUGCCGGGACCAGUUGGUAGUGAACAGUGCUGACGAGAUAAUGGGGGACAAUAGUUACAAGUUACUGCACCUUUAUAUGAUAACAGAUCAUAUCAGUAUAGUUCUUAACCUAUACCUUUGGUACAUUUUUGCUUCUCAAAUAUGUUAGUUUGACAAUGUUCGUUAAAAAAUGGCAAUCUCACCCGUUCACCAGCUCAUUCUCUCGUCUUGACCUGUUUGGGACUCCCCGGGAAAGUCACAAAAAACAAAACAAAAUAAAAUAAAUAAAUAAAAAAAAAAUUCGAAAACUUGUUUAUGCUGUGAAUUGGUAUUUUACAAUAUUUGAAAAAAAAAAUCUGUUACUGUUCUUGUGACUCAGAACGCCUACUUUUGCUAAUGACGGAAUGAUAUAGAAGCCAAGAAACAGUUUUUACAGUAACUUUUGCGUCAGCUGGUUGGUUGGAGGAGGGAACACUAUAGGCAUGACUUGUAAGUGAAGUUGCUGCUUGAACAGAUUUUUUGUGUGUGUGUGUUGAUAUCACAAGAAAAUAUAUUAGGAAGGUCCGUUGAAUAAAAAUUUAUUUAAUGACAAAUGUUUGUUUGGAACAUCGCCCUCAGAAGAGGUGUGGUUGGAAACAGUUGUCCCUUCGAUCGUCUGAUAACAACUCUUAGUUUUUUAUUCCGGUUUUAAUGGGCUUACUCACACGCCCAUUCACAUUCAUUUUCUUCUAGCUUGCUAAAACUGCACAGGUAUAGAGUGCUGAAUAACACCCAGACUUGUGCAGGUUGAACCGUUGCAUUACAUCGCUUCCCAUGGGGGGAAGAAAAGCCUGUGUGUUCCACCUGGUUGUGGUUCUUGCUAUUGCAGUCAGAGCCAGCAGAGGUCAGGUACUGGACUGUAACUUUGAGCGAGACCUCUGCCAGUGGAGGCAGGUCACAGGAACCGAUAACCUGGACUGGCGGCGACGGUCUGGCAGCACCCCUUCACCAAACACGGGACCCAGUUUUGACCACACGACGGGCAGAAAUGGCUCCUACAUCUACUUCGACAGCUCCCAAGGCACGGAGGGCGCCAAAGCCCAGCUGUACAGCCCCUUGCUGACUGUUGGGAGGAACAACUACACGUGCCUGACGUUCUGGUACCACAUGUACGGGGAGCACGUCAGCACCCUGACGCUGUACCACAACAAGACGAGACUGUGGACACGCUCCGGUGACCAAGGCAACGUGUGGCUGCAGGCGCGCAUCACCAUCACGGCCAUCCUUCACGAGGAGAUUGUCAUCGAAGCCGCAAAAGGACGAGGUGUCAAAGGGGACAUCGCUAUUGACGACAUUUCCUACAGGUUUGGGCCCUGCCCCGCCCAGGCCAUACUCAGACCCACUCGGCAGCCAGGAACCACUGGGCCCACGCCAGCCCCUGUCGCUCUCAGCUGCGACUUCGAGACCUCAGACUUGUGUGGCUAUAGGCAAGACCGGAGAGACCAUUUUGACUGGGUCCGCAAGGCAGGCCCCAGUGCUUCUUCCCACUCAGGACCCAACAGUGAUCACACGAUGAAUACAAACUACGGUAAGUUAGCAUCUUAAAUGAUGGAGUGAUGGCAUCCUGACAAAUCUGAGUUAGCUUGUCCCCAUGAUUGCAAUAUAGUGGAGAACUUAGCAUCCCCAUAACAAAGUAUGUUACAUAAACAGUAUCAAUGGCAUUGACAGUAGAACAUACAUUUUAUAGGAAACACACACACAUACACCAGGAGCAGUCUACACAGAAUCUAGGUUACAUUCUUCACUGGAUGAUGGGCAAUAUAACUAUGGUA